AUGUUCCGUGCUUGUACGCAGAAAGUGCCGGGCACAGUGUCGGACGGGCAUGUCGGUGCCGGCGUGCUUUCCGCGACGUCGUUCGGGUGGGUAGCGAAACAGAUCGACCAUCUGACAGGCGAGAAGGGUCGUAGUGGGGUGAGCAUCGAGAGCGUCGAGAUGAAGGGGCUGAAGGCUUUGCGCGACAGCAUGGUUGAGUACGUCGGCAAGGUCAUUGCCGUAAAACGCACCGCGGCACCGACUUCUCAAGCCGCCGGACCCGCCGACAGUGCCAUUGAUGACGACGGCGCGGAAGGACAGAAGGCGCCCCAAGGUGCAGUUGCCGCCCAGCAUCAGGGGAACGCGAGGGUGCAUGGGGAAGGUGGAAACGGUGGAGGAGGCGAUGCAGAGGCAGGUGCAGGAAGGUUGGAAACGGAGAAGUCGUCGUCGUCGUCUGAGUCGGAGUCGGAGUCGGAGGAGGAAGACGAGGCGGUGAAGCGUAAGGUCGAGGACGAGGAGGAGGAGGAGGAGGAGGAGGAGGAUGAGGAGGAGGAGGAGGAGGAGGAGGAGGAGGAGGAGGAGGAGGAGGAGGAGGAGGAGGAGGAGGAGGAGGAGGAGGAGGAGAAUAAGGACGAGAAUGGUGAGAAGUGGGAGGGAGGGGAUGAAGAGGUGGAGCUCGUGGUGGAGUAUGUAGAGGGUACGGUUGAGGCGGGAGCGGCGGAAGAGGCGGUGGGGUCGGCAGAUCAGGGGAAUGAGGAAGAGAAGGAUGACGGCGAGGAAAAUGCUACGAGGUCGGCAGAUGUGGGGAAGGAGAAGGGCGAGGUCGGCGUGGAGGCAACGACGGGAAAUGGCCAGGAUGAGGGGGCCUGCGAGGGAGGUGGGAAGGUGUCGGUCAACGCCGGCGAAGGGGCGAACAACACGGGCGUGCAGGAGACCGGGGAAGCACCUGGUCGGCAGGGCCCUGAACUGGACGACGUUGAGGAGCUGCAACGGGAGAACUGGUUAUUGCGGGCGGAGAACGCUCGGCUGGCGACGUUGCUCGAUGCGGAGCGGGCUCGGCUGGACGGGUUUUUUGUUGGGGUCAGUGGACUCGUCGACCACGUUAAAGGGUUGGCCGAGCAGGUCGACGACACCGAGAAGUAUGCCGCGGAACAGCUGCGAAACGCGACGGAGGCCAUGUCGAAGACCAUCACGGGCAACAUCACCGGCAGCUUUGACGAAGCGUGGAAGUCGAUGAAGACAUUCGCGGAACAGGCGACGGAGUGGUUGGAGGACUUCGACAAUCCAGAGGGUCGUGUCGCGUAUGCACGGGCGGUAGCAGUCUCCGCCUUGGCCGAACACGUAGAUUCGGUGGUGGGCGAUGCGAAGAAGGGGUUGGAAGAGUACGUCUCAAACCACCUUGCCUCCGCGCAGGUCAACAUCGCCACCGCUGUGACCGCCAGGCUCGCCGUGCCGCCGCCGCCACCGCCUCAUCCCACGCCGCCCGCCAUCCUGGAAGAGCUUUUGAAGUCGUUCAAGGCCGACAUCAUGAAGGCGGUGACGGAGGCCACCCAGCAGUCUUUCGUUGCUUCCAGGAUGAAGAUGAUGAUAGAGAUGAUCGGCACUGUGGCGCCAGGUCGACGUGGGUCGUCGCCUUCGGCCAAUGACGCCGAUAACGCGCAAAGAAAAACGGCCGAGAAGAAGGGCCAUAAGAGGACGGGCGACGGAGACGACAAGGAGAGCUUGAAGCGGAGCAAGGGAGCGGACGGUAGCCGCGGGUCGAAGCCUGCGCAACAGAGCGUGGUCAACCAGCUGAAGACGAAGGCGGGGUGGAAGGUGGUAAGGACGUCGCACAGCAAGGGAGGCGGAAGCGGGGGAGCAGAGGGUGGCCCUGCCGACGGGGUUGCCGUUAACGUAGCUGCUCUGACUGGCCCGCCUUUGGUCGCCGAGCAGACCCAUCCUCAGCCGAGCGGUGGGAAAGGCGUGACCGACAAGGAGGUGCCAACUGCUCAGGCGGCGAAUGAUGGCGACUCCGGAACCACCAAGGGACCGUCCGUCGCGGCGGCGGCCAAGCCUGCUUCUGCUACGGUUGCCGGCACCACCAAGUCGAGUCCCUGUAACCCCCUUGCGGCUACCAGCGCGCCUGCCGGCCAGUCAGAGAUGCUCCGCCGCAUGGAGGCACAUAGCAGGGACGUGCAGCAGCAUCCCGUGGUCGACGCCGGCCUUCCUGGAACAGCAUGUCGCUCCGUCACUACGCAGGUUGCUGGCAAGUCGUCCGGUGCCCCACCUGCCGCGCCUCCGGUGGCUGCCCCACCGCCUGCGGACCCCAAGUCCGCUUUUCUUCGCUCCCAUUUAGGCGCACGCAAAGCGGCUGCUCCGUUAGUGACCCUGCCGGAACUCGGCAAAAGCGCGACGCCGACGUCGGUAAACGCGAUCACACCCACACCAGGUGCAUCUGUGGUCGAUGUGGUGGCGGAGAAGGGAGUGAGUGCAGCGUUCGCCACCGGCGGCCGCGCAGACAAGCAUGCCGUCCUCGCUGUCUUCAUGGCCCAUUUUGAGGCAGCAAAGCGCCCCGAGCAUGCCCCUGUUAUGGCCAUCAUAGACACGGCGCAUGUGGUGCCGUCGGCGACCCACGGAGGGGGUUCGGCGGAGCAGACGGCCGCAACGGCUGCUGUCGCCGAGAGAAAUGCUGGACGGAAGGAAAAGGAUGACAACGGGAAAGGGUAG